AUGGGGCAUCUCAACGUCGUUGCCCAAGGCCUUCUACUAUUAUUAAUACCUCUACAGGCCCAGAUUCAACAGCCAGUCUCAUCGAAUAUCAACCAAAAUGUUGGGCAGCCAGAUGCGGGUACUCUAUUUUCGGGCACCGGUACCAAUAUGUACUAUGGUGUUAAUCUGGUCCCGUUUGGUCCCGAAGUUGGUGAUCAUGAAGUAAAUCCUGGACUUCUUACUGCUGGUCAAACCAUUGAUCUUCAUAUGUAUUUCCCAUUUUAUGGUGGUCUUUACAAUUACACGACGCUUUCUGUAAACGGAUAUCUUGGAUUCGCAACGGUCCUUGAUCAAGGUCCAACGAUCAACGUUGGUCCUGACAUGACCGACUGGCCUCGCCACGAAGAUCCAGCCAUGAUUGCACCGUAUCUUUGUAAGCAGCAGAUCCCACAGACAAUGAAUCCUGGAAUGCGAUCUGGUGUCUUCUAUCGUCUGAUGAUGCGUCAAUCGCUAUUCGGAAGGAAUUCUGGUAGCAACACGAAUCUCGGAGGAGCCACCUAUCAGUCAUCAUUCUUUGGUCAAUCAGCUGCUCAAGCCUGCCCAGGAACCCCAGAUUCUUAUGUCCGAUGUGAUUCGCAAGCUGACUAUUUCCUCGAAGAAAUGCAGCGAUGGUUGAUUGAAGGAGUCGCCGGAGCAGCGGCGUUCCGAGCUGACGCAGCUCUCAUUGUCACCUGGUACAACACAGCCUCAGCAAUUUCCGGACGAUCCGAUAUCGACGCUGGCCAAUUGGCGACGUAUCAAGUCAUUUGGCUGACCGAUAGAACGGCACGACUUUCCUACGUGAUCCUGAACUACGAUAAACUCGGAUUCGACGCUGCCGACUUCCGAGCAAACUCAAGAUCCGGAAGAUGUCAGGCGGUCUUCAAUGGAGGUAAUCAUACGGGUCUCGUGCCAGUUGAUCCAACACAAGAUUACAAGAAUACGCCAAAAGUGUUGGCGCAAAGGUCCGGAGUACCACAGAUGGUCCGCGGACGAUACAUGUUCAGAGUGGACGAUGUUGUCAGACCAGGAGGAUGCAGCAACAAAACGGGAGGCACAUAUCCAAUGCUCAUCUAUCCGAACAUCGUGAACAUGCUUGGUGAGAUGACUGUCGACGUAAACGCGAUUUGUCUCGACAAAUCUCAAACCUACAUUCUCAUGAUUGAACAACGUCAGACGGCGACAUGCACUGUUCUGACACCAGCAAUCGCUCGCUGCAAUCUGCCGAAAAUCUACGAUUGGGGAACGAAGACGGUCUACUUCCAACCACAAAGCGGUGGAGCCAAUGAUGAAAAGGCUUUCGUCGGAUAUAUCUAUUUUGUGCCUCCAACACUGGAUCCAAUGAGAUUGGAUAUUGGAAAUGUUUAUGAUUGGUUCAAGAACCCUCUUCCUUAUCAGACUAUGCCGCUGACAUGGUAUCCAAGGAAUUUCACAAAUCCCGAAAUGAGUCAGCACAUGGAUCAAGUCCGAAUGAACGACGAUUCGCUAUACAGUGUUCAGCUUGGAUUGUACGUGGUCGCUUACAGAGAAUACAAAGAUGAUAACAUCAAAAAAUUCCGACCGGAGCACCGGGUGAUUUGCCGUCUCGCCACAUAUUCCAAUCGGAAUACUUACGAAUAUCGUUGGAAGCCUCAAGAAGAGCGAAUCAAUCUCUAUCAAGUCGAACAAUGGUAUAUGACGGAUUGGGAGAGAAUGCACGAACUCUAUCAAUAUCGCUUCGGAUAUCUCAAAUUGGCUCCACUUCGUGCCAAUCAAGAGCAAAACCCGCAAUUCCUGCUCUCCGGACUUGUGUCAGCUCCAAUCUCGCUCCACUUCCUUUGGACUUCGAAUAAUCCGAAGUUCGCCACCACCACCUACUCGCAAAACGACGAAUCCGCACGAGUGGAAUACGUGAAGAAGAAAUCGCUCGAAAUGUGUCACGAUUGGUACGACGAGGACGGCGCUCAAUGGAAUUUCAUCAGAGAUGUUGAGACGAACUCGUCUUGUCCAUGCAUCGAGAGACAAGCCAUCGCCGAUAUUGGAAGAUUCAUGCCGCAUCCGAGAUGCUCUCAGGCAUUCCGGGAUAUCACGUGCACAACCUCGAUAGGCUCUAGGAAUUGUUACAUGUCGUCGCAGAACAUUCUCACGAGUUAUGCCGGCGAUGGAAGGAUGUUCACUUCGGACAACACUGCAAGAUUCCCAACUCACUAUGGCCAAGUGUGCUGUUAUGACGAUCAAGGGCAUUUGAUGCAAACGAGUUACCAGCCGAUCAUCAAGGUUACUCCCGAUGUACCCUACAAUCCCGGGUUCCCAAUGCGAGCCUAUGAAUUCGGAACAACACCGUACAUGGGACAAUACGAAGUGCCCGGUUUAUCAGCUUUCCACAACGAUUAUAUGCCGUACUUCCUUUGCUGCAAAUUUGCCGAUUUCCGAUGCCAAAUGUUCUAUUGGAGACGUCCGUCGUCCGGAUGUCAGGAAUAUCAGCCCCCGGCAUACGGAGAGGUUAUGGGUGCUGGAACAUUCAACACAAUCGACAACGACAAGUUUGUUUUCAAUGAGCCCGGAGUUUACAACGGAUUGUAUAUUCCGAAGACGUUCAGCACACCCGAAGUGAAGGUGCAGAUCAGAAUGGAACGCUAUCCGGACAGAAGGGUCGACUUCAGUUUGCUUGGUCGGUACAUGUCUCAACAGGAUCUUGUGCGACCGACAAAUGCGACUGUCGUCACAGGAGUCGUGCUUGAAGCGACUGGAACUGACCGAGUUCACGUUCUCGCGAGAAAAGAUACUAGACGAUUCCGUUAUCGUACUUCAAUCAUUGUGGGAAACAUCUUGAGAUAUUUCGAUACAAUGAGAAUUCAACGGUUCAAAGGAGUUUUGAUCUACGUGAACAACGUCGAGCGUGGACAACCGGAGAUUUACGUGGUCCUCGAAGAAGCACAAGUCGGAAUCCGCGUACGCGAAAGUUAUGCGAUUGAUAUUGAUCGAUUGACGGAAUACCAAGAAAGUAUGGGAAUGCUGAACGUCGCCAUUUCGGUUCCUCCUCAAUAUGGAGUCCGACCAGAUGGUGAUAAGACAAGAGAACAAGAAAUUCGACAGCGCUACAAUCUUCCGCGUGUUUCUGGAGUUUUCCGUCCAUUCCCAGACCAAUCUUCUGGAUCAUACCUUCAAACAUUGACAUUGAACGAUGUGAACUCGGAGACCUACAGACAGCAGAUUAUCAAUAUGUACAGAGUGCAAGGUUCUGGCGAACCUGGAUCCGAUCAAAACAUCAAUGCUCAAGGAAACAAUUAUGGAAUGCCAACGGAGAACAUGUUCACAACGAGCCGUGACGAAGACAAGAAGUUCGAAGUGUUCCCGGAAGCAACAAUGAAGAGUGGACCGAUUUAUAAAGUUGCUCCAAAAUAUGAAACUGGAGCAUAUCGAUUCUAUCCGGUUACUGGACAGGUUCUCAAUCAACGUCUCCAACAGUGCCGAGACCUUCAACAAUCCAAUACAAUCAAUCUUCAACCACUCCAGUCGCAAAUCACUUCUGAUUAUGGCCAGACACAAUGUCCGGACAAUCCGGGAGCUGUCAUUCAGGAAUGCGGAGAUUCUGUCCCAUGCUUGUAUGAUUACACUCUUCUCAAUGCGAAAAUUCUUGGGGCGAAUGUCAAGAACGAAUGGAGUGUGUUUAGUUUGGACCGAUUCGAUGCUUCAAGACAAUACAACAGUUGCGGAGUCAUCAACAUCGAAUACCCUGAAUAUCUCAUGAAGACUUCUUCAAUGUCAUCUGCUUACAUGCAAGGUGACGUUGCGCGAUUUGAGUGCUUCCAAUCUCAUUGGAUCAAGGGAGUCCAUGAAUAUCGAUGCGGAAUCAUCGUUGACAGAAAUAAUCCGAACAAUUGGAGAUAUGAAUGGAACAAAGGAGAGCAGCCGUGGUGUCGUUCGAGAGAAAAGGAGAACUUCCUGAUCUGGCUCUCUGCAUUAUCGGGUAUCUUCGGAAUCAUUCUCGUUAUUGUAUUACUGUUCCUUUGCUGUUGGAUGGUGAAACAGAAGAAGCGAGCAGAAUAUGAUCAAGGAACUGAAAUGAAGAGCAGAAGCACACCGAGCCAUGGAAAACAUCCAUUGUCUGAAUCUGAACCACUCAAUGACAGGAGAUUCGACCCAUUCCCGGACGACUUCUAUCCGCCAGCUCGUGAAGAGAAAUACGCAAAUUCCGAAGAUUUCCAUGGUCUUAAAACAUCUGUAUAA